AGAUCAUGAUUUAUAUUUCUACAACUUACAAUUUCCUCAAUCAAAUGGAAACUGGAACAUGUCAUUUUUAUCUGCUCCAAAUAUAGAAAUGGAAGACAAUUAUUAAAAAACGAUAUGGGACAUGAAGGAAAUAAAUGUGGAUCGAUAAACAAUCUUCUCAAAUAGUUGGGGGAAAUCAGUAUCCCAGCAUUUCUUCAUCUUUCUCUACAAUUCUGGACUGAUAACAAUGGUAUUAACAAUGAAGGAAUAAUGGACUAAUACAUCAGUAGGUGGCGGUAAUGCUCCGCCUGGUCGCCAUUUGAAGACGAACACACUGUUCCAACAGUUUUCCACCGGUGGCGGCAAAACGCCCCCGGAGCGUCUGCGCUACCGGAAACAGAACAGUAGAAGAAGAAGACUCAUUUCACUCAAGCGAGGGUAGUUGUGAAACGAGCUGCAGUGGUGGACAGGAAGCCCUGACAAUUUGUUAUGUAUCGUUGUGCGACAACAGGAUUGGUUAUCCUCGUAACAUUUUCUGUGCAUCAAUAAGAGGAAUUGAAUCUAUAUUGAAGAAAUGAGCUCGCUCAGGCAGGAAGGUAAAGACAGAAUCAUCUUUGUGACCAAAGAGGAUCAUGCAGCACCCAGCAAUGCUGAGCUUGUAGAGGAGGAUCCUGAUGACCCAUACGAGGAGCGAGGUCUGAUUCUUCCCAGUGGGGAAAUCAACUGGAGCUGCCCCUGCCUGGGUGGGAUGGCCAGUGGUCCCUGUGGGACUGAAUUUAAGGAGGCCUUCUCCUGUUUUCACUAUAGUAAGGAGGAGGUGAAGGGCUCUGAUUGUUUGGAUCAGUUCAGGUCCAUGCAGGGGUGUAUGCAGCGUUACCCAGAGCUCUACCCACAGGAGGAUGAGAACGAGUCAAGAGAAAAAUCAUCAGAAAAAGACCAGACAUCACAAGACUCCGCAUCCGCAGAAACAUCAGGUGCAAACUCAACAUCUGACUUUCAAAAAGACUCCAACACCACACAACCCAACAAAGAAGGUGCAAUGGAAAGCUAAUAAUCAGCCCUCGGGUGAUGUUGGCAACAAGACUUUAAGAUCUAACUGAAAUCCCAUCUAGUCACGCCCCUUUCUGCAGGCAAAAAUAUCAUUUUCUUUUCAAUUUACUUUUUUUAAAAUUGGAAGUAAAUUUCAGAGAAGUAUAGUCAUCAUACUAUAGGAAGCCAAUGGAACAUACUAUAUGUGCAUUAUUGAAUUCAGAGGGCUGUCCAAGUGGCCUGCGGAGGACUGAAAAACAAAGUAGACAAACUUCCACCCUUACCUCACAAUCAAUCUGCUGAUAAUAUGUUAAAAAAGAAAGGCUUACAGCAGGGUCUAAACUCAAAUGAUAUUGAAUGGGAAUGUUUACAUACUACUUUAUACGCUGAAGCUGAACAGCUUAUCAGACCUGAAUAGCAAACUCACACGAGCAGUGCACUUUUCCUUAUCAGAUGUUUGUUAGGUUGCCUAAUCAACAGGGGUAUGUGCAAAACAACUAAAUUACAUUUAAAGGAGAAUUGAGGUGGGAAUUGUCGCAUUAUGCAAAUGUAAUCAUCAUGGAGCCAUGAAAUAAUCAUUUGGUUUUCAUUCAUCAUAAAACAAGAAUGUUGAACAUGUGGUUUACAUGGGUAAUAUGGAUGUUGUAUAAGACACAAAAGAAGACAUUUCAUUUCAGCUGGACUUUAAACCUUCUAUAGUAAAUAAGAUGGUUUAUACCUUUUUUAAAUAAUAUAAUGUGACCAAAGAAAAAAUGUUUCUCUGGAAAGGUUAAAGGUGCGCUGUGUAGAUUUGCGAGUGAAAUUUGAAAGUUGGAAAAGCGAAACAAUUGUAUGCUAUAUUUUCUGAACUAAAUACACAAACUGUAUUCAAAGAAAAGAAUGGUUCCCUGGAACACUGUUUGGAGAUAAAAAGUGAGCAGGAGAGCCCCCACCAUAACUUCUCUUGUAUCAUUUUAUCUUCAGACAUUGUUCCAGGGACCACAUUUUCCUCUGAGAACAGUUUGUGUAUAGAGUUAUGAACAUAUACCACAGAAUCUGUACAUUUCUCCAACUUU